GCCAACAUUCAACAUACGCACACACAUCCACACAGUGUCAGCCUCGCCCUGCUUCAUUCGCCCCGCCGCCACCACGACCAGAAGCAGCAGCAACAGUGAGCCUAGCGCGAAGUACGGAGGAUGGAGGGUGCUAUGAGUGACUUGGACGUGGAGGGCGCUUUACACAUGCGGGUGGCGGCCGAGCAGUGGGUCCCUUGGCUGAGGAUCACGAAGAACCAGGACACCGGCAUCCUCACCUACUCAGGCAUCAUGCACAACAUCCUACUCGCUCUCUCCAGCACCAUGAAUUUCACGUACGAGCUGAGGCGACCCCCGGAUGGCCUGUGGGGCGUGGGCUACCCGAACGGCACGUGGGUCGGUCAGCUGGGCAUGGUGAAGCGUGGAGAGGUGGAUUUCGCGCUGGGUCCCUUCGCCUUCAACUGGGAGCGUUACCACUACGCAUGUGAGUUCACGCAGCCCAUCUUCAUCGACUACGAGAGCGUCUUCAUGCGCCGCCCGAGGAUUGAGACUGACCUGUUUGCCUUCGUGCGACCCUUCACGUGGGAGGUGUGGCUGUGUCUGCUGGGUGCGCUUGUCCUCAUUUGGUUGGCACUGGUCCUGCUCCUCCAGCUGGCCCCCAGUGCGCAAGGGGAACAACCGGAGAAAAGGAACACCCAGAGAUCGCAUUUGGUCUGGGUAGUGAGGACGCUCGCCAGCCAGAGCAACCCGUGGAUGCCGCUGAGUGGAAGUCGGCGCGUGGUGACGGCAGCCUGGCUGCUUGCCUGCCUCAUCUUCCUCUCCUCUUUCUCCAGCACCCUCACCGCUAUGCUCACCGUGCCCCUGGUGCGGUUGCCCAUUGACAGCAUGAAGGACCUCGUGGGCCAGACUACCAUCCCUUGGGCCAUAGAAUCUGGCGGAUUCCUCUACCAGAUUCUUUAUACGGCCACUGACGGUCUGUACAAGAUGAUCUGGGACGGACACUCGGCCAGGAUCACAGACUGCUAUACCUUCAGGCGUGACAUUGGCGACGGCAAGUACGCGGCAAUCUGCGACAAGAUGACCAUGAAGAAGGUGAUGUCCGAAGACUACAGCGUCAGAGGGGAAUGUAAUUACUACAUGGCGCGUGAGGACUUCAAGGCCAUGCCUCUGGCCCUCGCCUUUCAGCACCACCACCCGCUCUACUCUCAGGUCAAUCAGCGUAUCUUGGAGCUGGUCAACAAGGGUCUGGUGGAUCGCUGGAUAGAGGAGCAGCUGCCCAACGGCACGGCCUGCCUCAGUCCCCCGGGGUCUGAUCUGGUGGGAGCCAAGAGAUCUCUCUCCCUCAAAGACUAUUACGGCCUCUUCUCCAUGUUUGGCAUCUGUGUAUUGGCGUGGUCUCUGGUGCUGUGUGUGGAGGUGGUGCUAGCUGCCAUCUCCCCAAGGUGCAACAAGGACAGCCACUCCCAUUUCCCUGCAAGGAUCACGAAGAAAAACAGCUCUAGCGGUUCUGUCUCUAAGUAACUCUUCAUCUAUUGCCUCCUGAUGUCCCUGGGCGCCUGAAAGACAAUGCUGUUUACUCCUCGCCUCCACUAUAGCUAUCCCUUCUAAUUUUAGCACCUACACGUCACCACUUCCCCAAUAUUCAUCACUAGGAGAGGGAAGGGGAAUUCAUAAUCGUUUUCAUGCAAUAACAGGCACGAGAGAGAGAGAGAGAGAGAGAGAGAGAGAGAGAGAGAGAGAGAGAGAGAGAGAGAGAGAGAGAGAGAGAGAUAAUAUGAUUAAUAAUUUAGUCUCGACGACUGCACGUUCUCCUUCUACUGCUGAGCAUGACAAAAAGAAUAAAAGAAUGAGCAUUAUCAGGCUGUUUAUCAUGAAAAACACCGCCAGCGUUGAUCACACA